AUGAAGCCAUGGAUGACCAAAGAGGUGCAGUGUCUGCUCGGGGAGAGGAAUGCUGCAUUCAGGGCUGGUCACAAGGUGCUGUAUAGUGCUGCCAGAGCCAAACUGAAGAAAGGAAUCCAGGUGGCUAAGGCUACAUACAGCAGGAAGAUCGAGGAUGGCUUCCAAAGUAAUAACUACAGGGAGGUGUGGAAAGGGGUGCAGUAUAUUACCAACUACAAGCCCAGCAACCUCUUGGCUGAUGGUGGUGAUGCGUCGCUGGCAGAGAAGCUGAACCACCUUUUCGCCUGCUUUGAGGUGGUGUCCCCAGUGGAAACAACAUUACAUCCAUUAACACACAGACCCGAUGGUAUCCCCGGAAGAGGGCUGAGGGAAUGUGCAGAUCAGUUGGCUGGGGUCUUUACCACGAUCUUUAACCAGUCCCUGUCCCAGGCCGCAUUACCACUCUGCCUGAAGUCUGCUAUAAUAGUGUCACUUCAAAAGAAGACUCUUAUCAGUAACCUGAAUGGCACUGACACCUGUUAUAAUGAACUGCACUGCUACAGAAAAAAAGGCUCUCCCGAGGAUCAUUACCACAGCCCAGAAGGCAAUUGGCUGUCCCCUCCCCUCUAUGGAAGAGUUACACAGUUCUCGUUGCCUCUUCUUUUAUUGAGAUGGCCAAAUGAGAGGAAAUUUCAGCCACCCACACCUAAAUCUUCUCCACCAAAUAACAAAUCCAUAAUAUCAGUGCUUGACAUGGGAAUCAGUCAAGAGGAAUGGGAUGGACUACAGGGGGCUCUUGACUGGCCCGGUCCAGAUCAAGAAAUCCUUCAGCUGAAUCUGAGCACAAGUCCACUUCACACAACAUUCACUAUUGUGACGCUCAAUGACACUUACAGAGUGGGAGAUAAGAUCCAGGUUAUCAUCACAGCCAAAGACCACAACAACAACUUUAAAUCAUAUGGAGGGGAUUUUUUCCAAGCAAAGAUUUUCAGUUCAAACUUAAAGGCAAGUGUUUAUGGGGAAGUUGUGGAUCAUCGUAAUGGGACUUACACCGUUGAUCUUCUGCUGCCCUGGGACGGUCAGGCAAAAGUUUCUGUGCGUCUAGUCCAUUCCAGUGAGGUUGUGCAGAUUCUUAAAAAGUACAGGGAGACCUCUUUCCCACGCAGCCACUAUGAGGGUUUCUAUGAAGGACCAGGACCCAAAGGAGUCAGGAUUCAAGAAAAAGUUGAAUGCAAUCUUAAAUGGGGCUCUGAUGGAAGUUGGAGGAAAGCAAACUGUUGUUGUGAGUAUAAAGAUGUAAAAACAGGAACGGUGUGGCAGUGUGAGCGACCGCAGAAACUCUCCUGUGACCACUGGGUGCAUCAUAAAGCGUCGUCUUUGGAAAGCCCAUUAAAUGAGUUUGAACAGCAACUCUUUACAAGCGGAUUAACAAAUGUUGGUAUUACUGGAGACAAUAAACUCAUAACUGUUCUUCCCAACACUGCAGACAUUGUUAAAACAGAAAGAUGCACGUCUGGUAUGGAAACACCAGUUCCUGCAGGAUUUUAUUUUAAAGACGUCUGGAAGUCUUUUGUAUGUAACACGCAGGUAUUCACUCCUUCUGAAAUGGGAAAAUGUCUUAAGGAUAAGAUUGUUUAUAUAAUGGGAGACUCUACAACAAGGCAGUGGUUUGAGUAUUUGGAAAAAAAAGUGCCUGGCAUUAAAAGAGUAAAUCUCCACACCCCUCGCCUUGGUGGACCCCUGAUGAUGUUAGAAGUGAAAAACAAUAUCAUUGUUUACUGGAGGCCACACGGCGUUCCUUUGAGAUUUUAUAAGAUGCCAAUCACUGAUCUUCAUUAUAUCAGCAAUGACAUUGAUGAAAUACACUGCGGCCGUCAUGUAGUCGUCGUCUUUACAUUUUUUGCCCACCUAGUUUUUCAUCCGUUAACAUUUUAUGUCCAUCAAGUGGCCAAAAUUCGUCAAUCUGUUGUUGCACUUCUGAGACGUUCACCUGAGACGACCGUCAUUAUUAAGUCUGGGAACACGGGAGGCUUAAAGACUAUUUUUCAGAGCGACUGGUUCGUAAAGCAGUUGAACACAGUGAUGAGAGAGAUGUUCAGUCAUAUUGAUGGAGUGAUCUACCUUGACGUCUGGCAGAUGACAUCAUGUCACUAUCUACCUGAAGACAUUCAUCCAGGUCCUGUUGUGAUUGCUAAUGAGGUGGCCAUGUUGCUGUCUCAUAUCUGCCCUCACUGACACAUUUAACACAACUAGAGAUCAUCUUUAUAUCAUUUUAUACAUUUACUGUACUAACAUUGAG